UUAUCAGUCUUCAUCUGCAGUUCUUAUAAUUAAAGCUUCCAGGAGCAGAGUGAGUGAAGGGGUCGACUUGAGAAAAGGUGCAGAUUGGUGGAACACACAUUUCAAAUGGAUUUCAUCUCAAGCUGCGUAUUGCUAUUAUUGAUGGUAUUAAAUAUGAGUGCAGGUAUUUUAGCUUAUUCUUGUUUUAUUCAAGGCCAAAACAACAUGUGGCACAUCACCUUCAAUCCACAGGAAGUUACUGCAGUUCCAGGAUUAUGUGCUCUCAUUUCAUGUAACUUCACUUAUCCAGACAAAGCAGAACCUAUUCAGAAGAUCCUGUUGUAUGCAUGUAAUAAAAACGAGAUAUGUAAUAAGAAAAUUUUCAACUCCAAUGAAGAGAGUAGAAGAGACAAACAGAGUGAAACAGGCCAGAUUGAGAUGCUUGAAACUGAUCCUCACAAAAACAAUUGCAGCAUCAUUAUGAAAGAUAUAAAUGUCACAGAUGAAGGAGAAUAUGCUUUCAGAGUGGAAGGGAGUAAUACAAAGAAAAUCACAUAUCCUACGAGGUUUAAAAUUUCCAUUCAAGAAAAGCCCAUAAUGGAUAUUCCCCCUCUCAGAGAAGGAGAGCCAGCUGGUUUGAACUGUUCAGCUCCUUUUCCCUGCCCUGAAACUCCCCCUGAUAUCACAUGGUUGAUCAAGAUAAAAGGGGAACCUGCAUUCAAACUGCAAGAUAACAUCACACUGGCCACUUUUAAAAGCUAUUACCUCUCAACUUUGGCCUUAACCCCAUCCUCCAAACUGCAUGAUGCCACUGUUGGAUGUUAUGUGACCUACGGACACGUAGAGAUCAGUACCAGUAGAACCCUAGAAGUGAUGUAUGGAAAUACCAGCUCUGUGGUGAUUCAAGGUACUGAAACUUUUCUAAAGAAAUUGGGCCUCUCAACAAUACUCACAUUUUUGGCAGGAAUGGCAUGUUCAGCUGUCAUCUUCUCAGUAACACUGUGUUGUUGGGUGUCUUGCCACAGAGCAAAUAAACAUAAAGGGUUGACUGCAAACCCUGACACUGGAGUUAAUUUGGAGAAGAAACCAGCUGAGGAAGAGAGGGAGCCAGCGGAUAUGGAAUAUGCUGAGAUUAACCGAGACAGACGAGGAAAUGGAAAGAGAUGUGACGACAAUCAGUCUGAAAUGUCAAAUGGAGAAACAGAAGACCAGAAACAGAAGAGAGAGGAGCUUUAUUCAAAUUUACGUUUUUGCUGAAUCCUGAAAAGGAGACUAGAGCGUCAAGAGGAUGUAACCAUUCAAGAAUUUGUGCAAUAAAUUUGCAAGACAAUGUUUUUACCUUACCUUAGUUCAGAUAUUUAAGGUGAGAAAAUUUGGAAAUGAAAGUGUAUAUUUGCAUCUUUUUUUAAAACAAAGGAAAUUGUCUUCAACAGAAAGGUCAGUUUAUCUUUUUUCAUUGUGCAUGUAUCAAAAUUGUUGGUGAUACAUUGCAACAUAUGACCCCGAUAUGAAAGGUUACAUACAGUGCAUCCGGAAAGUAUUCACAGCGCUUCACUUUGUUAUGUUACAGCCUUACUCCAAAAUGGAUUAAAUUAUUUUCCUCAAUUCUACAAACAAUACCCCAUAAUGACAACGUGAAAGAUGUUUGUUUGAAAUAUCUUCAAAUUUAUUAAAAAAAAAAAAAAAAAAAAAAAAAAAA